AUGUUGAAUACAUCUUUCAAGUCUGACGGCAGUGCUACCAAUUCCACACCAUUUAGCCACCAAUCCCAUUCGUCGCCAGCCUUAGAACAUAUCAUAGAGAGAUCAGUUGAUGUUAGUUUAGGCUUCCUGGUGGUGAUUUUGAAUAUAAUCGAAAUUAUCUUGUUGUGUCGAAUAAAAAGAAAAUUGAAAAUUCAUGAGAUUUGUAUUUUAAGUUUAUCAAUCACUGAUUUGUUUUUUGGUAUGUCAAACAGCUCGGUAAGCAUGGUGUUUGUCACAAAAAAUGCUCAAAGUGGGAUCAUUCUAGAUGUCAGCUACAGUAUUUACUUUUGUUUUGUUGUAAAUUCUAUUUUGCAUUUGGUUUUGAUUACCCUUGAUCGCUUAUGGGCAAUAUUUCGACCCAUCAAACACAACGUAUUUUUCACGCGCAAGAAAGUUUAUUGGUUGCUUUGCACCACGUGGUUUGUGUCGACUGUUAUUGCAAUCUCGACACAUCUCACUCACAACUUUACUGAAACCUUUCAGACAAAAACCGAGAGAAUGGAAUACAUAACUGUGAAUACAACACCAACAUCGUCGACAUCAACAGCAACUAUCGAGACUGCUCAACCGACGGUCUCGAUUACUUACAUUGUACCAGUGAUGACGACAUCUAUUGCCUCGAUUAAUGACAACAAAACAAGAAUACAGUUCAAACAAAAGGGAGUUAAGAUUACUGAUAUUAAUGAAAGAUACCAUACCACAAUGCAACUGGUUCUGUCUGUGUUUAUCGUAAUCGGUGACGUAUUUUUAGUGCAGUCCUAUGGAUUUAUCACAUACUGGUUAAACAAAAAUACCAACAUCGCCAGUAGGAGAAAGGGUCUUAAAAUAUCAACGUUAUGUGGACUUAUAACAAUAGCAUUUGUUCUUCUCACUUUACCAUAUGCGCUCUGUCGAUUUAUUAUGGGAAAUGUACCAUAUUGGGCAAAUCUUCUGCUGGUAAGUAACAGUGGCUUGAACAGUAUUGUCUAUUUCUUUCGCGGUCGGUGUCGCAGAAAGUCAAGUAAAGUUUUUGGUACAAAAGAUAUUAAAAUGGCGCAAACAUCAUCAGAAACCAUGUCUUCAAAUAACUACCCAAUACAGCAAGGAUAA